AGGUAAAAGGAGCUGCACUUUCUUUCAUCAUGCCAUCUCUUUCUCCAAACUAAAAUUUCUAUAACACUGCCUCGGUGUAAAUUAUAACAUUGCACCUAACCUAACAUAUUAUUUGUACUAUUAUCUGCAACUAUGUCCGAAUCUGUCUCGCAAAGACUUGCUCAGAUAGCUGCUACAGUGAAGAAGGACGGUGCCGCAGACGUUAUUCCGUGGGACCCGAAGGCUACGAGUUUCCCGUCCAGGGGCGACCUCCCAAAGAUUGAGAAUGCGCCAGAUGGAGCAGCAUGGAUUUGGGGUAGUGAUGAUCAGCUGGGAAGGCUAAACCUCCUCACCCCCGCCAGAGUCGCAGCUGCCGGGAAGCUUAUCACAGACGGUGAUAUUGUCAGUCUGAACCUCCCUCUCAACGUUCCCGCCGUUCCCGCCUUCAACCGUGAGCCUUUCCAGCACAAAAUCAAGCCUCUAUUCCCUGGCCUUGUCUAUGAUGACACCUACACGCUAAACACGCAGAGCGGCACGCAAUGGGAUGGCUUCCGACACAUUUCCCACAUCAAGACGGGCCAGUUCUACAAUGGCGCCACGGGAGCUCACAUCGAUGGUGCGGAGGCGAAUAAUCAUCGCUGCUCAAUCCACCACUGGUCUGACCAUGGAAUUGGUGGAAGGGGGGUGCUACUAGAUUACUGGACGUACGCACAGGAUAAUGGGAUUAAAUACGACCCUUACGAAUACCAUGCAAUCUCCCUAACCUCGCUCGCCGCGUGCGGUAAAGCCCAGGGAAUCGACAUCCGUCCCGCCGCACAGGGCGGCGACAUUCAAAUCGGCGACAUCCUACUAAUCCGCUCCGGUUUCGUGUCAACUUAUAACUCGCUUGGCCCCUCGGAGCGCGCCGCCGCCGCGCUACGUCCUCACGUCCACGGUCCUGAGGACGGGAUGAGGUGGGCGGGAGUCAGCGCCGAGGAUGAGAUGGUGGAUUGGCUGCACGAUUCGUACUUUGCAGCCGUAGCGGGCGAUGCGCCGAGUUUUGAGGCGUGGCCGACUCGGCGCGCGGAUGGGGGGAUGCUGCAUGAGUAUAUUCUUGCGCUGUGGGGGAUGCCGCUGGGAGAGCUGUUUGAUUUGGAGAAGUUGGCGGAGGUGUGUCGGCGGAAGGGGAGGUGGACUUUCUUCUUUAGUAGUGCGCCGGCGAAUGUGCCGGGGGGUGUGGGAAGCCAUGCAAAUGCGCAGGCAUUUUUCUAAAGGAUGCGUAGGUGGGGUGCUGGCGAGACUGUGGGGUUGAUCUGUUAUCAUAUUUGUUCUUGCCAGCAACAAUGAACCCUCC